AUGGUUGCCAGCAGCAAUGGCAGCAACAACACGACGUGGCGGUGCGAACCGUGCAAUGUCAAGAACGGAGCCAAGUACAAGUACUGCUGGCAGUGCUGGGGUGCACGCCCGACCGCAGCAGCCGCAGGAUCUUCCAGCGCGGCGGCAGGAGAGACCCUCGGGGACAAAAGCCACGACGAGAAGCUCACCAAGGUGCAGCACUACCGUGCCAAGCUGGUGGAGCUCAGGAAACUCGCCGAGGACCCGUUCCUGGAGGAGUCCCUGCAGCCGCAGGUGGCGCAGCUCGAGGACAAGCUCGCCGCCGAGCAGGAACAGAGAGACGCGCUCGACGAGAAGCUCGCCGACGAGCAGAGCAAGCUGGGCAAGUUCGACAGCAAGCUCGAGACCCUGGACAAGAAGAUCCAGGAGCUGUCCGUCCCCGCCCCAGGAAAGGGAUGGGCGGCAGCGCUCGCCUUCAUGGAGCAGGCCGAGCAAUGCGUCGACGACGACGAGAGCGAGAAGCGAGAGCAGCUCGUCGCCGCGGUCACCCACGCCAAGGAGCAGAAGGCACUGGAAGAGGAGAGGGCCAAGCAGCACGAGGCUCGCGCCGCCAAGGAGAGGGCAAGCAGCGCUGACAACCGCAAGCGCAGCUGCCCCGAGAGCCCCAUCAAGGAGGACCUCCUCGAGAUCCCCGCAGGCGCCAGCGAGCAGGACAUCUGCAAGUCGCUCGUCGACGUGGGGGUCACGCCAGAUCAGGCUGGCAAGGUGGUGGCUCCUCUUAAGCUGCUGGUGGGCGAGCUGCAGACUGGCCACGCCCUCGCCAUCAGCAAAACCCAGUGGGCGCGACUCGCAGCGUACACGGUCAAUGCCAACACGGUGAAGUCGCUAGAGCGAGUGGUGAAGCAGAUCAGGGACAACGACCAGGACGUCAUCGUCCUGGGCCAGGAGCUGCAGGCCAGCGGCACGCAGCUCGACCUGUUCCAGACCCGCAUGCGCAAGGAGGGCUGGAACAUCGGGGUAGUGAGCAGCGCGAAGACCAAGGCGGGUCACAGUGCUGGAGUUUUGAUAGCGACGUCACGAAGCAGGGGUAUGGACUUCGUGCGCAAUGGGAUUAACCAGUGGGACAUCAGCCCGCGAGAGUCCACGGGGCGACUCGCCGUGGCCUGGGUCGACGCCUACAGCAAGGAAGGGCUCGUGCUAGGUACCGCGUACCUGUGGAACAGCGAGGGCCGCACGCAGAGGAACCAGCGCAUCCUGGUCAAGUGGGGCGCCACCAUGAACGCGAUCCAGAAGGAGUGGAUCCUCGGCGGCGACUUCAACAUGGACCCAGUGACGCUGGAGCAGUCAGAGAUCGUCCACAAGGUGAAUGGCAUCAUCGUGCGAGACACUCUGCAGGGCAGCUGCCUGAAGCAAGAUGGCACGAGGAGUACGCGGGACUACUUCAUCGUAUCGCGCGGCCUGGUUGCACACGCGCUCAAGCCAGAAGUCCAAGAAGGGUACAACACGUCGCCACACUUGCCCGCCAAGAUGAGGGUCCCAGUGCAUCAGCGAAGCGACUACAUCAUCAGCGUGCUGUGCAAGCGGGCGCCAGGGCCGCUGACACGGCCAACGGGCUGCCCCUCGCAGCCAGUGCGAUGGCCUAGGCCGCUCGCACACAAGAAGUACACGCAGGGCCAGGUCGACGAGCACUGGAGUGAGCUCGGCGAGGCCUACGAGAAGCACCUCAAAAGGUACCACAGCUUCGAUGGCGACGACCUGGGCAAGAGACAGGGCCACUUCGAGAAGGUCAACUACAAGCAGAGGCCGCGCAGGCCCAUGCCCUGCACCGCGGCACAGGAGCAGCAGCAGUGGGCCGAGGCUGCCGAGUGGCUUGCGCGGCGGCUGCGCCAGCUGAGGUCACUGGCCAACGCAUGGCAGCAGCGGCGAGACGCAGGCACGCUUCGGCGAGCUCAGCACAUUGCUGAUGGGCUACUUAGCCACGACAUCGUCACGCCGCUGCUCGCAGAGCGGGCACCUGGACAGACGACUGAGGCAGGCAACGACACGGACGAGGAGGACGGGCUGCUGGAGCCAGAGGGCGCCCCUCGGGAGGAGGCGGAAGGGGUGCAGGGCCGAUUCGCGGUCAGAGCGCCUCCCACCGAGGGCCAGCAGGACCCCAAUACGUGGAACACGAUUCGAUGGCCGCUCAUCGUACACACGCUGCGAGACUGGCGAGUCACCGACAUCGACGACCGCGCCCAGAACUACCCGGGCUUCAUAGCCACGCUGCUGGACAUCGCCAGCAGGAAGUACUGGAAGAUGGUGCACCGAGCGGCCGCGGCGCAGUGGCGGCAGUGGGUCACCACGCACGGAGAGCGAGGAGCAGGAGCGCUGCACAAGUGGACCAAGGCCCCAGCGCCUUGGCAGCCGCAGGCAGCGCCAGCGGGGGCCGACAGCGAGCAGAUGCACGAGCUCACGCACCCCCAGAAGGCCGCCGACGCCGCGCUGAAGGGGUGGGAGAGCAUCUGGCACGACCCGCUCGUGCCGAGGGCGCCGUGGCUCCAGCCGCCCACGGAGAUCGAGUGGGCAGAGUCCAAGCCGCCGCCCAUCACCCCGCAGCAGGUGAUCGAGGCUUGCGGCCGCUUCAGGACCAAGACGGGGCUGGGGGAAUCGGGAUGGCACCCGACACUCUGGCGCGAAGGGGGCAUCCAUGGAGCGGCGAGGGUGGCCAGCACCCUCAACGCCCUGGAGGCGGGCUCGCCCUGGCCGCAAGCGCAGGACACCAUCCUGUUCUACUUGCUGGCAAAGGCUUCGGGCGGGUACCGCAACCUCGGGCUGAUUCCUGAGCUGGCCAGGCUGUGGGAGACUAUCCGCAUGCCGUACGCCAGGAGAUGGGAGCACUGUCACCGCAGGAGCUACGACUGGGCUGCGAGAGGGAGGCCCAGUGAGAGGGCCGCCCGGGAGCAAGCCUUGUUCUGCGAGGCCACGGUGGCCCAAGGGAUGGGGUACGCUGUCACGUACUUCGACCUGGUCAAGUGCUUCGAGUACGUCACGCACGAGAAGGUGUGGCAAGCAGGCACGAGAUCAGGAUUCAACACGGUGAUCCUGAAGAUGGUGCUGCGCAUCUACUCGAUGACGCGGCGCAUCGCGCUGGACAAUAUGGUCAUCUUCGGGGAACUGGACGGGGUCAUCGCCAACUUCCCGCGGGCCUCGGUCUGCCUCUUUUUCGACGACCUGGCGGUCGCCACGCGGGGCGCGAGGCUGUUCGUGCAGCACUGGCACACACAGCUGGUGCAGGAGCUCGUGGACAUGUUCGGGAGGCUGGACAUGAAGGUAUCCAAAGGCGCGGAGGGUAAGACGGUCACCAUGGCCUCGACCACCGCGCUGCAGGACGGCCUCGCCAGGAGAGUGAACCCGCUCGGCAUCAGGAUGGCGCGACACGCCGACCACCUCGGCGUCACCACCGCGGCGGGCAGGAGGAGACGAGUCAGCGCCUUCAGCAAAAGGGCCAGCAAGUACGCAGCGAGGCGAGACCGCAUCGCCCGCAUACGCCGAGCAGGGGGACCUGCGCAGGCAAUCAUCAGACAGGGGAAGGUGCCGUCGGCGAUGUACGGGGUGCAGGUCAUGGGCUUGCCCAACUCCACCCUCACCACCCUGCGGCAGAGUGUGGCGACCUCCUUCAGGGGCAACACCAUGGGGAGGUCGACGCCGCUCACGCUGCUCGCGCAGGGCGCCGACCCCGCCACCCGCGCCAACACGGAGCCGCUGCUGAACUGGGCCAUGGCAUGGCACGAGGUAGCCAACCAGGACGGCCUCCAGGAGGAGCUCCAGAGCGCGUGGAAGAAGUGGGUAAUACGUGUGGGGACAUCCAGAGCCCCAUGGCAGCAGGUGCGGGGGCCCGCGGGGGCCUUCAUAGUCACGGUGCAGAGGCUGGGCUGGAGGACGCUCGCGGCCCACAGCAUCACCAUCGGCGACGAGCACCUAGACCUCAGGACGCUGCCUCUCAGGCACCUGGGGCAACUCAUCAGCACGGCCACCGAGGAUGGCCUCAAGAGCGACUGGCUGCGCAUCCACGGCGAGAAGCACGGCCUGGACAGCCUCUUCGUGGAGCCCGUCGCCGCGCUGCUCAGGAUGCCGCCGAGCAAGAAGUGGACGCUGGAGCACCAGACACGGGUGCGCAGCUUGUGGUGUGGCGGUACCUGGCCACAGCGGAGGCUCUUCGACAAGGGUGCAAGGCCUGCCACGAGCAUGAAGGAACUGCCCUCCUCGUCCACAUGCGAGAUGGAGGGCUCCUUCGACGGCCUAGUGCACGGGGGCAUCUACACUGAUGGCAGCCUGCUGUACGGGGCAUACCCAGCGCUGAGAAGAGGCGGCUGGGCAGUCGUGAAGCUCGACAGCGAGAACACGAUGGAGUUUGCGUUGUUCGGGCCACUGGAGGGAUCGCAGCACGACCAGUCGAUCUACAAGAGCGAGCUGAUGGCGGUCCUCCAGGCCCUGAGGAGAGCGGUCCCUCCUGUGCGGGUCUUCAGCGACUGCCAGUCGGUGAUCGACGGCUUCGCCAGAGGCCCUGAGUGGGCCGCCAGAGCCGACACGACCCACCAAGAGGUCUGGCAGGAAUGCUGGCGGCUUGUGCAGGAAAACGGUGGGACAGGUGAGCAGGGGAUAAGCUUCUGUAAAGUCCGUGCCCACGCCACGAGGGCCCAAAAAGCCUCGAUAGGGCCCCAGCAUUUCAUAGGGAAUGGGUUCGCAGACGCCUACGCAAAGCGUGGGGCGCAGAUGCACCAGCACGAGGCCUGGCACAGGGCCGCGUACAUCCAGAGGUUCCAGUUGGUUUCAGACAUCCUGGAAUUCGCCGCGCCCGUCGGGGUUCUCGGCCACGGGCUCGAGGACACCUCGGAGGGCCCUGGGGCCCCGUGGACCUCCCGCCCUGGCCCCCCGUGGGGCUCGGAGAGCUGA